AUGCUUCUAAUUUUAGAGACUGCAGAUCGUUCGCGAUACUUUUCUGGAACUGGGACAUCUUAUAUCAGUCGUACAUCUGCAGCUGAACGUUCGACUGUGGAUACUUCCUCGCAACGAUAUAAUUAUCGUAGCCGUUCUGAUAUGGGAAGUCCUCGUCGUUAUGCCUCGCAAACUCUUUUGGAUGGAAUAAGGCCAGGUCCAUCUGCAUCGCAUAUUAGAAGAGAUGCUUUACAUACUUUGCAAAAAGAAUUAGAUACAUUAUCACGCUCACCUGAUCGAUCGACUCCACGCGGUUACAGCUCGGAUACUGGUUACAUGAACGACACAUUCCGUUCUCGUGCUAGAGGUUAUUCAAAUUAUGAUUACCAUGCCAGUUAUCCUGUUUAG